AUGUCUUCGUCUACCUCCGAUCCUCAGGCCCCUGCCAUGACUCCUGCAACUCAAGCUCCUCAGGCACCUGCCUCACAACCCACUGCUACUGGAUCUUGGAAUCCAUUCUCCAAUUCUUUGUCUUCGUCACUUAUAAUCAAACUCGACCGUGUCAACUUCCUUUCUUGGAAGUGUCAAGUCAUUCCCACCGUAAUUGGACAUGAUCUCGAUGAGAUCUUGUUCACUGGAGUCCCUCCUCCCACCACACUGCUCAAUGAAACCAUUCUUGCAUCUAUUGCAAACUAUGACACAUCGUUUUCUGUUUGGUGCGCUUUUGAACAGAAGUUUGCUUCUCAAACUAAAGCUAGACGACUUCAGCUUAAGGGACAAUUCUCACACGGGCAUAAAGGAAAUCUUCCUAUUUCUGAAUUCAUUGACAAAGUUCAAUCGAUUGCUAAUUCUUUGGUGAUUGCAGGGUCCCCGAUUGAUGAUCAAGACUUAAUUCUUCAAGUUCUAAAUGGUCUAGGACCAGAGUUUGAUUCAGUGGUUUCAGGAAUAAUAUCAAGAAGUGACACCUUGUCUAAUGAAGAAGUUCAGGCUCUUCUUCUGUCUCAUGAAAGUAGGAUCGAACACCAUCUGGCUAUGAAUGAUAUCACUGUCAAAAUGCAGGCAAACAUGGCUCUUGGCCAAGGCAGAUCCACAGGUGUUCGAUCAUUUUCCAACAACAAUCAUCCAACAGCACCAAUAGGCUGA